GGCGGGCUCCGGGCUCGAGCCUUCCCGGGUGCGUUCCGGCUCCUCCGCCCCGGCCGCCGAGUCCGAUCUCUGUCUCCAGCAACCGAGCAGAGGCCCAGCCCCGCCGGGGACAGGAGAGCCACCCCGGAGAACGAAAUGUGCUGCGAGAAGUGGAGCCACGUGGCCGAAAUGAUGCUCUUCAUUGAAGACCGCGACGAGGAGGACACGAUCCAUUGCCUCUGCUCCCGGGCAUUUGUAGAGGAUCGAAAACUGUACAACUUGGGAUUAAAAGGCUACUAUGUCAGAAGCAGUGACAAUAAUGCAGGAGACCAAGCUACAGAAGAAGAGGAAGAUGAUCAUUCCCCUGGUACCACAGAAUCACACAACAAAGACAUGAGCACAGAUGAAAGUGAACUUGAUUCCGAGGCCAAGCUCAUGAGAAGUAUGGGAUUGCCGAUCCAGUUUGGAAGGGUGUCUGCCCAGAAGAGUUUUGAGGUGUCUAUGAAUACUAGAAAUAAAAUUAAAGUGAAGCAGAAAAGGAGAAAGCACCAGAAGAAGUACUUGGAUGAAAUGAUCCGAGAGUCGUGGCGAGAUGACUGUGAAGACGAUGAUGCUGUAGUGUCAGAUGACCCACCAUCAGUUGAGCACUGUGACAACGGCAGAACAUGUGAACUCCAGAGCAAAACAGAUACUGAGACAGAAAACCUUCCCGUUGAAACUACACUGUCACCAAAGCUAGAGGUCACAGAGAACUGGGAAAGGUAUUGGAAUGAAUAUGGAGAAGGGCUGUUGUGGCAAAGCUGGCAGGAAAAGCAUCCAGAUCAGACACAAUCUUCUGAACCUUGGAACCUCCCCGAUACAAAGGAAGAAUGGGAGCAACAUUAUAGUCAGCUUUAUUGGUAUUAUCUGGAACAGUUUCGGUAUUGGGAAGCUCAGGGUUGGACUUUUGCAGCCUCACAAGACAGUGGUCUAGAUGCUGAUGCAUCUCAAACAGAAGCUGACAGAAGAGACGAGAGCAGCAUGAAAGUGGAUUUAAUAUCUCAUUCAUCUUCACCUAACACAGCUGACGAUGAAAGCUCUGGCUCAAAUGAUAAAGAUCACGAUGAAAUACUUGCUGGAAUUAACAAUAUAAUUCUGAGUUCGGGGGAAGUAGAACAGAGCCGGCUAGAGUCCUCCGUAUACUGUGACAAGCAGCAGCUGAGUGAGAGUGGCAGCGGCAAAGAGUGUCCUGCCUCUGGAGGACGUGACCCCAGUAAUGGAACACCCAAGCAAAGUAACGCGUCUGGGGACAGAAGCACAGACCAACCAGCUCAAGAGUUGAAGGAGUCUUCAGGACCAGACACAGGCAAAGAUCCAGCAUACCCUAACAGGGCUGAUGGCAACGAGAGUGAUGAUGAGCCGCCCGAGCAGAAGCCCAGCAGAGUGAAGAGAAGCCAUGAAUUGGACAUUGAUGAAAACCCAGAUACAGAAGUUGAUGACAAUGGUUUCCUUCUAGGAUUCAAGCAUGGCUCAGGACAAAAAUACGGUGGAAUCCAAAAUUUCAGUCAUCGUCAGAUCAGAUAUCUUGAGAAGAAUCUGAAAUACAAGUCAAAGUACCUGGAUAUGCGCAAGCAAAUGACUGUGAAGAACAAACACAUCCGGUUCACGGAAGAAUUGGGGAAACCCCUUCUCAAGAAGAGUAAAGUGCGGAAUAAGGUGGAGAAAUUCCUGAAAUGGGUUCAUGAACCAGUGGAUGAGGAGCCGUCCCAGGAGGCACUUUCUCCUAACAAGACACAAGACACUUGCACAAGCAGUGACUCUGAGGAGCAAGACAUGCCCUUGGAGAAAGCCGACGACCUGAUGGAGGCCAGAGAUCCAGAACCUGACACAUGUCAGGCCAUCUCUUCAGCCAGUGAACCUGAAGCAGAAAAGAGUGAAGGAGCUUCCACAAUGACUGCUCCAGAGAAGCAGGUCUGUGUACCUGAAGAAAUGGCCGACUCUCCCCAUGCAGAAACAGGAGUUGAAAUGAAGAAGAAGAAAAAAAAUAAGAAGAAAAACAAGAGCAAAAAAUUAAAUGGUCUGCCACCCGAAAUAGCCUCUGUUCCAGAGCUGGCGAAAUACUGGGCCCAGAGGUACAGGCUCUUUUCUCGUUUUGAUGAUGGGAUCAAGUUGGACAAAGAGGGCUGGUUUUCAGUUACCCCUGAGAAGAUUGCUGAGCACAUUGCUGGCCGUGUCAGUCAGUCCUUCAAAUGUGACAUUGUAGUGGAUGCUUUCUGUGGGGUUGGAGGAAAUACCAUUCAGUUCGCCUUAACAGGGAAGAGAGUGAUUGCCAUUGAUAUCGACCCAGUUAAGAUUGAUCUUGCUCGUAAUAAUGCUGAAGUUUAUGGAAUAGCGGAUAACAUAGAGUUUAUCUGUGGAGAUUUCCUACUCUUGGCUCCCUGUUUAAAGGCUGAUGUUGUGUUUCUAAGCCCGCCUUGGGGGGGACCAGAUUAUGCUACUGCAGAGACCUUCGACAUUAGGACGAUGAUGUUUCCUGAUGGCUUUGAAAUUUUUAGGCUUUCCCAGAAGAUCACUAAUAAUAUUGUGUAUUUUCUUCCAAGAAAUGCUGAUGUUGACCAGGUGGCAUCCUUGGCUGGGCCUGGAGGGCAAGUAGAAAUAGAGCAGAACUUUCUUAACAACAAAUUAAAGACAAUCACUGCAUAUUUUGGUGACCUGAUCAGAAGACCGGCCUCUGAAGCAGAAGUGGAGGAUAACUGAAGACAGAGAUUGCGCUUUGGUUUCCCAGCCACCCAGACCCAAAUAAUCCCACAGUAACUGCAUUAAUUACAGCACUGUUUGGCCAGCGGCUCAGGUGUCUUCCUGACUAGCUCUUACAUCUUAAAUUAACCCAUUCUGUUAAUCUGUGUAUCGCCAUGAGGCUGUGAAUUAAUGGUAAUAUUCUGGCAUCUUUCCCCUUCGGCAGCCACAUGGCAUCUCCUUGACUCCACCUACUCUCUUUAAGAGCUAUUCUGCUUGUACUGGCAAAGUCCAUUUACUGAUAGCAAGAUCAUGCGGAAUGAGAGUGGCAUUUGAAUGAGACACUUGGGAAGGUCUUCUCAGCUCCUUAAUAUUAUGAACGUGUGAUAUGGAAACCUUUAUGAGUUUUAAUGAAUGCUGGUGAUGUGGUUUGUGAUUUUCAGGGAAUGCUAACUGAGCUGUGUUCAGUACUCUAAAGCAGUAAGCAUCAGGGCCAGGUGGUCGUAGAUACCUAUUAUGGACCCAGCACUUCAGAAGUUCAAGGUCAUCCUGUGCUCUAUAAAUUCAAGGCCAGCCUGAGUUACAGGAGAACUGGCCUCAAAAAUGACCCUGUGUUUAAAUUAAGUGCAUCUGUGUAUAUUUGUAUGUUUCUGUUCUUUAACUAUGUUUUGAUUUUGUGUGUGUGUGUGUAAAUGCUUUUUUAAAAUGCAAAGAAAAAUGAAGCAAUUCUGCCUGCACAUUUAACCUCUGGUGAAAUAAUGUUACCAUUUUAAUGCUAUAACAAGAAAGGUAGAACUCUCCCACUACCUUACCUAUUUUUUAUAUUCAACUGUCUAAAGAUAAUCAUAGUUAACAGUGUUUUGUGUUUUACUUUUUUAUUGAAUUUUUAUUUCCUGUGCGUGCAUAGAGGUCAGAACAACUUGCAGAAAUCCGUUCUCCAUUUCUGCCCUGUGGGUUCUUGGGAAUCAAGUUCAGGUCAUCAGGCUAAAGUUAUGGCAAGAGCCUUUACCUGCCGAACCAUCCCACUGAUCCCCAUGUUAAUUUUUCUAAAGAAAAGACUGAAUUACAGUAUCCUUUCAUACACCGUUCAUCCAGUGCCUUCCCUUUUGAGAUACUUAAUGUAUAUUUUAUUAAAUAAAAUAGAUACCGUUUUUAGAGUGAGUAUGUGUGUGCACGCCUGCCCUUACCCCCAUGACUAUGUGUGUGCCUGUUCCCACAGAAUCCAGGGAAGGUGGUUGGAUCCCUUGGAGCUGGGGUUACUGGUUGUGAGCUACUCAAUAUGGGUACUAGGAAAUGCACUUGGGUCUUCUGGUCUUCCAUCCCAAGAUGCUUUGAUUAAAUCAAUCAAUGUUUUUACUUUCCUGUUUUGGUAUGCUUUGUUUUUACAGAAAUCUCAUAUUAUCCAGACCAGCCUCAGAUUUUUGUGUAGUUGAGGAUGAUUUUGAGUUCCUGACCCUCUUGCCUCCACCUACCACGUCUGGCUUACCAGUUUAUCUUGGAGGCCAUUCCAUUUCAAUCAUCCAUGUCAUACAUGUCAGUCUACCUCAUGUUUAAAUGGCUGUCCUGUAUCCCAUCACCUGCAGAGGCACCCAAGCAGUUUGCAUGGUGAUACCACUGCUGACGUAUGUGCUUUCUUUCCUUACAGUGUAUGCUGUUGAACAAGUAUUUCAGUUUCUAGCAGUGAGACCACAGGUCUAUGUACAGUUAAGUCUUGACAAAUACAGCCGGCUUGCUUCAAUAAAGUUGAACUUGUGUUAAGGCUUAUUUAUCUGUUUGUUUUCAUAUCUUUGCUUUAACUAGAAUUUCUUUUUAAAGGUUUUUGUGUAUGUAUGCAUACAUGACCUCAAAUUUAUGACUCUCUAAAUGGAUGCCACUUGUACAGGAGCCCUGAGGAGCCAAAAGGUGUCAGAUCUGGAACAGGAGUUACAAGUGAUUGUCACCUAAAAUAGGUGGCUCAGUCUACAGUGUGCCUCCAUGAGACCCAGUGAAGCAGAAAUACCAGGGUAAGGGAAAUAUUCCAAAGACAGAACCGGAGGAAGCUCUUCAGAAAUGCACAGCAGGAGUGAGAGGCGG